CUUCGUUGUUUUUAACUUAGGCAACUUAUGGCUAACGAACCGCUGGAAAAAUUGGGAUUUAAAGAUCUGAUAGAUGAGAAAUCAGAAGCCAAACCUGAAAAGGUGUGA